ACACGUUUGAGAUUAAAUUGAGCAACGAGACGAAAAUAAACUCAGUGUCAAUCGAGACGUCGAAGAAGGAGUACGUUCUGUCGACGAUCAUGGCUUCACGGGAUGUUCUAAGUUUAUCUCUGGAUGAUAUCAUCAGAAUGAAACAGGGAGGGAGGGGAGGCAAAGGAGGGGGGAGGGGAGGAAGAGGAAGGGGUGGAAGGGCCCAGGCAGCAGCAGCGGCCGCAGCGGCGGCAGCAACAGCAGCGACGUCAAGAAGAAAUGCUGGAGCUGUGAGAGGACGGGGACGUGGGGUGCGUGUCCUUUCAUCAAAGAUUAACACCAGAGGGGUUGCCCGUGGAAGAGGCAAUGCAGCAGCACAAGGAAGGCAGCUGGUCUCGAGAGGGAGAGGUGCUAACAUAGCCGUGAGAGGGAGAGGGACACAGAGGGGCAACGCCAGGGGCAUAUCCAAAGGAAGGAGAGCGCUCACAACGAGACCGUUAGACAACACUGCAGUGGGUGCAAACAGACAGGUGAGAGGGAGAGAUGCAAUGGUGAGGCAGCAGCUGAUGAAGAGGAAAAUCCAGCAGGCACGCAGGACCCUGGCCGCUUCCCAGCAGAACAAUAGAAGGCAGGCCAGGCUGAGUGCCAUUGAUGCCAGGAGGGGCAUGACAGGAGCAGUAAAGCAGACCAAAGGAAAUCUGGGGACUCCCCUGAAAGUGCGUGUGGGCAACGGAACAGUGGUAAGAGGCCUGCGCUCCGACCAGCUCCUCCUGCACAAGAUUAGACAACGGCAAAAGAUCGACGUGUUGAAGGAUAAGAAGGUGAGAACGCAGUCAAGAUGA